CAGCGUCCGACACGCACCGGCCCUCCAUGGCGAGCUAUUUCCCUCCCGGAGCUGUCUCGAGCCAUGCCUCGACUCGUACGCCUUCCCCGGCCGGCUCUCCGCUCUUGCCGCCGAAUCAGCGGUCCAAUGCCUUGUCUAAUCGGCUGACAAGUGUACUCUCGGCCUCGUAUGCGGACUCCGAUAUCCGCGACGCGCUGGAGACCCUCAGUCUCCGCGGAGUGCAUAAUACUGCGGAAGUUAGGAGACAGCUGCGGCUGGAUGUGCAGAAGGAGGUGGUCGAUAGCAAUGCGGAGAUUGUGCGAGAUUUUGGGAAAGUCGCGGAGCAAUUACAACGGAUUGGAAGCGUAAUCACGAGUCUGAACCAAACAUGCGAGGAAAUGCGCAAGCAUAUUGUUCUAGCGAGACAGGACACAACGCCCGUUCUGGAGGAGGCGUCCGCGCUGAUGAACCAGAAGAAGGAAGCCGAGACAAAGCAGCAAUUGCUCGAUGCGUUCGCGAAACACUUCAUUGUGUCGGAUGAGGAGUUGAUAAUAUUAACUUCGGCGGAGGAGCCUAUCGAUGAUCGGUUCUUCGACGUACUUGGGCGAGUGAAACAGGUCCACCGCGACUGCGAGGUUCUGCUCGGCGGAGAGAACCAGAGAUUGGGUCUAGAGCUCAUGGAAAAGAGCUCGAGGAAUCUCAAUUCAGCUUACCAGAAACUCUACAAGUGGAUCCAGAAGGAGUUUGGAUCCUUGAAUCUCGAGGACCCCCGGAUCAGUAGCUCGAUCCGACGAGCUCUCCGGGUGCUGGCGGAGCGACCCAGUCUAUUCCACAGCUGUCUGGAUUUCUUUGCGGAGGCGCGCGACUACGUUCUAUCCGAUGCCUUCCACUAUGCGCUGACCGAUGCCGUGUCGGGCACCGCAGGCGACCGUAACGUGAAGCCCAUCGAAUUCUCUGCACACGACCCUCUGCGGUACAUUGGCGACAUGCUGGCAUGGGUGCAUUCCACAACUGUAUCGGAGCGAGAAGCCUUGGAGGCUCUCUUUGUGGCCGACGGCGAAGAGCUCGCACGAGGCAUCCAGGCCGGACUGAGCAGUGAGCCGUGGUCUCGCAUCGACGAAAACGAGGAGGUCACUUUCGACGGACACAAGGCUCUCAGCGAUCUCGUCAACCGGGAUCUCAUUGGAGUUUCGCGGUCCCUGCGUCAGCGCGUCGAGCUGGUUAUCCAAGGCCACGACGACCCAGUCACUUGCUACAAAGUCGUGAAUCUACUGUCUUUCUACCGGGCGACAUUUUCGAAGCUCCUAGGCUCCGGCUCCAACCUAGCAGAACUCCUCGAGACAUUGGAAAAGUUCACACUCGGCCACUUCGAGCAUCUCAUGCGCGAGGAGAUCACCCAGCUCUCAACCGAUCACACCGCGCUGGCUCCUCCGGACGAUCUCUCCACGCCCGAAUUCCUUCUAGACGCCCUUGAGGUCCUGACCUCCCUCAUGAAAACCCACGAAGCCUCGAUCGGCGCCGACGAAUCGCAGGCCGAAAACCGCUUCACGCCCGUUCUGCGUGCCGCUCUCGACCCCUUCCUCGACCUGGCCAAAUCGUCCGCCAACGACCUCCCAGACGCUACUCGGCGCGCCAUCUACCUAACCAACAUCCAUCUGACCGCACGCUCCUCCAUCUCCGGAUACUCUUUUGCCAGCGCGACGCAUCUGAACCCGCUCUCCACCACCCUCUCCACCCUCCGCAUGGACCUCCUCGAAAUCCAACACCGCUACCUCCUCGACGCCUCAGGCCUGCAAGUCCUACUGACCGCCCUGGAGCCGUUCUCGCCCUCCUCGUCGGCCGCGAAGCCCGACCAGCAGCAGCAGAGCCAGGCCCCUAACAUCGCCGACAUCGCCACCCUCCCGGCCUUCCAGCCCGAGGCGCUGAUCGCCAUCAGCCAGCAGCUGGAUGAUUUCCUGCCCUCCGCCCUGAUGGACGCAACCGAUAACCUGAAGUACGUGCGCAGCGCCACCUUCGUGAAGAGCGUCACCGAGGAGGCGGUGGAGGCGUUCUGUCGCGACUUCGAGUUCGUGGAGGGCAUGAUCAUCGGCGCGGAUGAGGCGACUGGGAAGGUUGAUGUCACGAGAGCGGACAAGGGUAGUGAUGAUGGCGCGGAGAGUGAGAGCCAGGAGGACGGGGAGAGUGAGACCGAUGGAGAGGAGAAGGAGUGGGGAUUGAGGAGACUGUUCCCUAGGACUACGGGAGAGAUUCGGGUGUUGUUAAGUUGAGUUGGGUUGAUCACUGGAUCAUCAAAGUACUAGAUUUUUUUGAUUUCUGUCUGUACAUAGUGUUUUUCAUUUAUUUUGGUUGAUGUUUUGGUCUUUGCGCUGUUUUGAAUCCAGUGCUGAAGGACCUUUUUUUCUUUCUUAUUUACCUGUUCUCAAUCGUUGAGAUGGUUGAUCGAGAUGAAUCAAACAUGUCGGAUCAUGAUCCCAU